CGACCCACAGAGUGACGUAAGAGCAGUUGCCCGGUUAGCUAGCUUGUAAGCUAGUUAGCUAGUUGUUGUUAAACAGCGUACAUCGUCAGUUAACGUCAGCUAACUAUUAAGUUGCUAACGUUUUCUGACUAGGUGACAGUCAGCAUUGGCAAUGGACGACGAAACCCACCCCAGAACCCUGUAUGUGGGAAACCUCUCCAGGGAUGUAACAGAGAUUUUAAUUUUACAACUCUUCACCCAGAUAGGACCUUGCAAAAGCUGCAAAAUGAUUACAGAGCAUACAAGCAAUGACCCAUAUUGCUUUGUGGAGUUUUUUGAACACAGAGAUGCUGCUGCAGCCCUUGCAGCUAUGAAUGGGAGGAAGAUAUUAGGAAAGGAGGUUAAAGUUAAUUGGGCCACCACACCAAGUAGCCAGAAGAAAGACACAUCCAAUCACUUCCAUGUUUUUGUGGGUGAUUUGAAUCCUGAGAUAUCCACUGAAGAUGUCAGGGCUGCCUUUGCACCUUUUGGGAAAAUCUCAGAUGCUCGUGUUGUGAAGGACAUGACGACCGGCAAAUCAAAGGGGUAUGGAUUUGUGUCCUUCUACAACAAACUGGAUGCAGAAAAUGCCAUUGUGCACAUGGCGGGACAGUGGCUUGGAGGGCGCCAAAUCAGGACUAACUGGGCAACACGUAAACCUCCAGCUCCUAAAAGUGCUCAGGACAAUGGUUCAAAGCAGCUGAGGUUUGAUGAUGUUGUGACUCAGUCCAGUCCACAGAACUGUACUGUGUACUGCGGUGGGAUCCAGUCAGGACUAUCAGAACAUCUUAUGCGACAGACCUUCUCACCUUUUGGUCAAAUAAUGGAAGUCAGGGUUUUCCCAGAAAAGGGAUAUUCUUUCAUCAGGUUUUCCUCGCAUGACAGUGCUGCACACGCCAUUGUAUCAGUAAAUGGCACCACCAUUGAGGGACACAUGGUGAAGUGCUACUGGGGCAAAGAGUCUCCCGAUAUGACAAAAAAUCCACAGCAGUUUGAGUACAGUCAGUGGGGUCAGUGGAACCAGGUCUAUGGAAAUCCACAGCAGCAGUAUGGGCAGUAUGUGACAAACGGGUGGCAAGUUCCUUCCUACAGCAUGUACGGCCAGACUUGGAACCAGCAAGGAUUUGGAGUAGAGCAGUCUCAGUCAACAGCCUGGAUGGGCAACUUUGGAUCUCCAUCAGCUCAGACAGCAGCCCCCCCUGGUACAGUCAUGUCCAACAUGGGUAAUUUCAGCAUGGCAGGCUAUCAGACGCAGUGAGAUUGCCCCGACAUAAGCUUAACGUGGAGGGAACACAGCAUUCUUUCAGCUGGACAGCGGCUGUGGUAACACGAGUGCAGGGGCCAUAUUCACAAAGCUUUUAUAGCUAGUUGCUCCUACACAACUACUUCAACAGUUGUGUUAUAAACGACGGUCAAUUUGUCUCAGAAUUUUUACUUUUAUUUGAUCUGUCAUUAUGGGAAAGUUUGGCCUUUUAAACCUACCUAGCAUCUGACAGGAGGAUAUCCAUCUGAACAGCACCACCAAACAUUGGAUUCUUUCUGUCUCAUCACAAGUUAAUGUGACAACAAUGUCAAACUAUUAAAUAAUAAACUCUAACAGUUCUUCAAAAGAGUUAUGAACAUCUCAGAUUCUUAACUAGAGGGAAAAAUGCACAAAUAACAUAUUUACGAUAAUAUUUAUUAGUCAUGCAGGUGGAUUUUUCUGGCAUUUUCUAUAACAGGACAAACCUCAACUGGAGUUUUCAUGCAGGUUCAUUUUUGUAACAAAGGUCAGUUUUUAAAGUUCACAGAUUAUUGUACAAAUCAAGCUGGUAAUAGUCACCAUGAAUUCAUACAAAUUUCACUGAACUAGAAGGAUGACCUGAUAAAUGCUGGUCCGAACCUUCAGUUCAUGAAACAACUCAGUUGAAUUGUGAUCGUAUAAUGGAGAAAAAAAAAAGCUUUGUGAAUAGAGGCCCUGGUGAAAAUUUUACCUUUCCUGUAUACAUGAUGAAACUAUUUGUAUAAACAAAUGUGGCUUUAAAGGAGACUUGCCUGGGAUGUGGAAUCUCCUGGAUAGUUUGUGUACAAAUAAAUUUUACCAACACCUCUCUAAGAGCAAAAAAAAAAAAGAAUCUGGAUUUUCAUGUUUUGUAUCGCAGUGAUACACAUGUCUGAUUAUAGAUUUUGAUCAAUUUUCAUUUACACCUUACCGUAGCCUAGAAAAGAACCUCAGCCCCUGAUCCAGGGUAAAGGUAACUCAAGAAAGGGAGCCACGAUUUUAAAUGUUUUCCUUCUCCAAGCCUCUUGCUAAACUCAGCUUGUAUAAAUACAUUUCUUUCCAGUGACAUGAGGGUAUUUUACUUAAAAUCCUUAACUUAAUUUUGAACCAAAUAGCCCCUAAUUUAUAUGAAAUAAUUAAUAUAAGUUUGUCAUUGAUUUGUUGAGAUGGGAGACAUAUUUUUGCCCCUUAAAUAUGUUUUUUGUAUUUCAAGAAAUCUUUGUAUCCAGGAAGAAUUGAAAAAGAUUCCUCACUGACAAUUUGUGACAACGGAUUUGCUAAUGAAAUCCCUCCAUCUUGGUUUGAUUUGUGUAUGUGCCAUUCUGUACAGUGUGUUACACACUUUGGAAGCUCUCUCUGCUUUUGGUUCAUUUAGAUUAUCUUUUGGUUUGUUAAAUUUGAGUGGGGAGUGUUUAAGAAAUAAAACAGGGUCUUGGUUGUUGAGAGUGUAAAUAUAAACCUUGAUCAUGACCCUCUGAAACUUAGAUAAUGUACAUAUUGUAGGUAGAAUGAUAUGAAAUUAAAUUCCAUCAUUGAAUUUCAGCAAUAUAAUUUAUGAAUAAGCCUUAAUUGAUUUGUUGAUCGCUUCAAACGUUUGAAUUUAAAGAAGCUCCAUUUUUAAUUGAAAUUCUUUUCAGCUGCAUUUCCCCAUUUUUACGUUUGUGUGCCAUUUUUCAGGGUGUAGCAGGAAGCAGAUGUUGUAUCGGCUUGAACUGCUCGCUAAUAACAUGUUGCUUAAAAUAUUGAAUGUAAUGGCAAUUUGCUUUUAUGUCAAUAAGUUGAACAACAGAAGUGAUGUUUAAUAAUAAAUGAUGAAAUCAAUUUUCCAUUUACUGGAAAAAUUUCAGCAAGUCACUUCAAAUAAAGAAACAUUUCUA